AUGGCGGCGACUCAUCCGGCCUACAACAUCAUGAAGAUGCUUAGGAGCAAAGGCGUCCUCACCAUCAAGGGGGACACCAAGGAGGCCAUGACGGCGCUCAAGCUCGCCCUCAAAACCGCCGCGACGGUGCAGCCUGCCGAUGAGGGUCCCUCCGAGCCCAAGGGAGCCAUACCAACCAAGAAGAAUCAGUUGUUCACACAAGGCAAGGAGGAAACCAAGCAGGUGCCGGUCAGCGAGGUCAGGCCCUCAGGAGCCACCUUUGCCAUAGGUGCCGGCCUUGGCCCAGGGAUGUGGGGCCCUCCUGUCAUUGUGGGGCAUAGCGGGCUAACGGGCGCGGUUGCGGGGCAGAGCCAGGCGCGGGCGCUGGGCGCCCGAUUGGGCGAGGCCAUCGGCGCGGCUGCCGAUGCCCACGACGUCGGCCAAGGAAGGCAGCGGAGGCUGACGGGCGACGCGGUGAGGCCGCAGCGGCAGCCGGAGCAACGACGGGGUGAUGGCCAGAGGCGUGGUGCAUCGAGGGAAGCGGGCAAAGGGGCGGGCGCGCGGCCGCGGCGGAGUAGGCAGGCGCGGCCGUGGGCAUGCAGGAGCGCGGCCAGGCACGCGCUGGGCGCAGCAGGGAGAGGGAGCGGCGGGCACGGGCGAUGUAGAGCAGCAGCUAGCGGCAGGCAAGGCCGUCAGGCGGUGCGCGCGGUGGCGGCCGCGGCGACGCUAGGCGACAGCAGUGGGGGUUGCAGCGGGGCGCAGCAGGAGCAGGGGGUCGGUGGCAGAAGCGCAGUGGAAUGUGGUGGGGAGCAGCGACGGACGCAACCGGGGAGCACACUGGGAAUGGCGGGGAUGGGUGCGCAGGGCGCGACCAAGCACCGCGGGUGCCGGCAGCGGCAACGGGGCGGGGCUCCGGCAGCUGGAGCGGACGGAGGCGCACGGCGGGCAAGUGUGCGAGCGCGAGCGCGAGCGGCUAUGGUGCGGCUUCGCCCGAGGGAGAGGGGAGGAAGCGGGGAUCACAUCGAGUCUGUAGGGUACGGGGCAGUGGUGCUCGUGGUGGGGGACGGGGACGACGGCGUCGACGUAGGCAUGGAGGAAGUCCGGCGGGGUGGUCUGGCGAUGGUGGCCUCCAACGAGAUUAAUAAUUAG